AGAACAGGUUAACAGGGAUACCUGGCGUGCUGCAGAGUCAGACAUGACUUGGCGACUGAACAAUAUCUAAGUGACAAGAACAUUCACACUCGAGGAAAUUCAGGUAGUAAAUAAACGUGGAAAAUAUGUCAUUUCAUCAGUAAAGAAACACACGUUCAAACAAGGCGGGACCUAGUAAGCAAGAAAAUUCAGGCUGUUAAGGUGAUGGGGAAGCAGGCACCCAUCACCUUAGAGAAUCGGGUAAAGGCGAAAAAUCUCUUAAGGGUGGGGGAAGUGAGGGAUUCUGUGUGCUGCAACUGAGAACUGGAAUUCAGGCGUGGGGAGCAUAGUGGGCGCGGGACACUGCACCAGAUGGUGAAGUGAGGGGCAAGGAAUUAGGGCGAGACCGGUUUCUCCGCGCCAAUGAAGGCCAGGUGCUUGGGCAUCUCUUAAGUAACUGAUAAACCCGCCCUCUCUAGAGUUAACACUUUCGUAAUUGGCUCAGGAACCCACCAAUAGGUACACAGGAGGAACUUCCCGCCACCUCUGGCGCCCGCUUUUAAACAGCCGUGUAUUAUUUGCAACUGCGGGCGGACUUCUCAAUCUAGCUUGAAAAAGGCGGAGACUUCCGCUUCUAUGCCCCGCCCCGAGCCGGCAUAGCCCCGCCCACCAGGUCCGCGUCUAGACUGCAAUUGAAGGAAGCGGCUGCUCCUCAAUGGUCUCGGGGCUUAGUGGGUUCGGUUGUGAGUAGGAAGACGCUACUGGGUUAGAGCCGGGUUGAGGUAUUUGCUAGAAGGUGGUGUUCCUCGGGAGCUUGAGUGUCACUGCUGUGACAGCAUCCGUGGCCUCCGUCCUGAUGAACUUUGUGAUCUUGAACAGUGCUUGCAAGUAAUUGCUGAAUGAAUCAAACAGGCCUCCUAAGCCUAGUAUGUUGCAAGUCUGAAACAGACUAAUGUUCUUUGGCUGUUUCCAUUCUUGAAAGGAAGCUAACCUAUAAGCAAGCGGACCAUGUCACUAGACUUUGGCAGUGUGGCCCUGCAGACACAAAAUGAAGACGAAGAAUUUGACAAAGAAGACUAUGAAAGGGAGAAAGAGUUGCAGCAGUUACUCACAGACCUGCCUCACGAUAUGCUGGAUGAUGACCUGUCUUCCCCCGAGCUUCACUAUUCAGACUGCAGCGAGGACGGCAGAGAGGAAGACACACAUCAUUCUGAGCAAUUGGAGAUGAACUGGACUGAGCAUCAAGUGCUGCCUAAACCUCCAAAUGUAAAUGCCUAUAAUGAGAUUCGGGAUAUAUGUAUUGGAGAGAAAAGUAGCAAUGGCUGGGAAGAGAAUCAAAGUAGAACUGAAGACCAGCAUCCUGUCUACCAUCCUGAAGGAGGUGGAGAUGAAGGUGGAAGUGGUUAUAGUCCUCCGAGUAAAUAUGAGCAGACUGAUUUAUAUCACCUUCCUGAAAACUUUAGGCCAUAUACCAACAGUCAGAAGCAGGAAUUUAAUAGCCAACCAACCAAUGUAAUUACAUUUUCAGAUACUCAAAGGAAUCAUUUUCAGCAAUUUGGUAUGUCCCAAGGUCCUAGUUGUCAAGCUUUGGAAUCAUAUAAAGUGACGUAUAAACCUUUUCAGUCUUCUGCCCAGAAUAAUGGCUCACCAGCCCAGGACAUUGCAGAAAGUGACACAUUUGAAGGUCUGCAACAGCAAUUUUUAGGAGCUAAUGAAACAGACUCUGCAGAAAAUAUGCAGAUUAUUCAACUUCAGGUUCUUAACAAAGCUAAAGAGAGACAACUGGACAAUUUAGUUAAAAAGUUAAAUGAAAGUGAACGUCAAAUUAGAUAUCUGAAUCAUCAGCUUCUGAUAACCAAAGAUGAAAAGGAUGGUUUGGCCCUCAGCCUUCGAGAAUCACAGAAACUCUUUCAGAAUGGAAAAGAAAGAGAAAUACAGCUUGAAGCACAAAUAAAAGCACUGGAGACCCAAAUACAAGCACUAAAAGUCAAUGAAGAACAGAUGAUUAAAAAGUCCAGAACUACUGAGAUGGCCCUGGACAGCCUGAAGCAGCAGCUGUUGGACUUGCAUCAUUCGGAAUCGCUUCAGCGCACGAGGGAGCAGCAUGAGAGCAUCGUGAUGGGCCUCACAAAGAAGUAUGAGGAGCAAGUGCUGUCCUUACAAAGGAAGUUGGAUGCUACCCUUACUGCACUGAGGGAACAGGAAGAUAUCUGCUGUCAUUUGAAAGAUCAGGUUAAGCAACUGGAAAGGAAUCAAGAAGCAACGAGAUUAGAAAAGACUGAGAUCAUUAACAGAUUGACGAGAAGCCUGGAGGAGAGUCAGAAGCAGUGUGCCAACCUGCUGCACUCAGGCUCAGUACAGGAGGUGGCUCAACUCCAGCUCCAGCUGCAGCAAGCACAAAAGGCACACGCUAUGAGUGAAAACAUGAGCAAGGCUUUGCAAGAAGAAUUAAAAGAACUAAAAGAUGAAAUUUCUCUGUAUGAAUCUGCUGCAAAACUAGGAAUACUUCCAAGUGACUCAGAAGGAGAAUUAAAUAUAGAACUAACUGAAUCGUAUGUUGAUUUGGGUAUUAAGAAAGUCAACUGGAAAAAAUCCAAAGUUAAGAGGGAGCUGGGAGAGGCGCUGCCAGGACUUCAGCCGGCCAGCUCAGUCUCAGCAAGGAGAGAGCGACAGGAAGCCACAGUGCCGGAGCGGCCACGCCGCGGGGUAAGCAGCUUUUAUACAUCUAGGCCUGUUCUGACCCACAUCGGAGAGUCCACAAUUGUGAUCCUGAGUUAUCAAAGGAAGCCUUCAGCUUUG